AUGGCCCUUCCCCAGCUCCUCGGGAUGUGUCUGCUCCUCGCAGGCACCCACGGUCUUGACAAUGGUGACAUGAGGCUGGUGGACGGAGGUGAGGACAACCAGGGCCGAGUAGAGAUCUUCUACAGAGGCCAGUGGGGGACCGUAUGUGACAACAACUGGGACUUAAUCGAUGCCGGCGUGGUCUGCCGCGCCCUGGGCUUCCAGAACGCUACCCAGGCUCUGGGCGGUGCCGCCUUCGGGCAAGGAAGAGGCCCUGUCAUGCUGGACAAGGUGCAGUGCACAGGGACCGAGCUGUCACUGGCCCAGUGCAGGUCCUUGGGCUGGCUCCAGAGCCGCUGUGGACAUGAGAAGGACGCCAGUGUGGUCUGCACCAAUGAAACUGGAAGUGACCCAGUCGUCUACACCCUUGACCUCUCCAGUGAGCUGGGGGAGGUGCUGGGAGGAAUCUUCGACAGUCAGCAGAGCUGUGACCUGGCCAUCCAGGUGCACGCUGGCGGGAAGGAGGUCCUGCAGGUCUGCGCCCACACCCUCAUCCUCUCCAGCAACCCCGAGGCCCAGGUCCUGCUCAGGGGGACAGGCAGCAGUGUCACCAUUGCGGUGGACACCGAAUGCCUGCCUGUGGUCUCAGAAUUCAUCAGGUACCUGUACUCCCGGAGGCUGGAUGUGACCCUGUCCUCGGUCAAGUGCUUCCACCUACUCGCCUCCACCCACGGGGCCCAGCAGCUGCAGGACUACUGUGCACACCUCUUUGCCGUGCUCCUCCCCCAAGACCCCUCCUUCAGGACCACCCUGGACCUCCACGCCUACGCACAGGCCACCAGCGACACCCUGCUAGCAGCGCUCUGUGAGCAGUUCCUGGCAUGGAACCUGGAGGCGUUGACACAGUCCGAGGCCUGGCCCAGUGUGCCCCCUGCCCUGCUCCGCUCGCUGCUCUCCAGGAGCGACCUGGCUGUGUCCAGUGAGCGGGCCCUGCUGAUGGCCGUGGACCUCUGGGGCCAGGAGACCCGCACCUCCCGCUCGGUGAUGGCGGGUCUCCUCCAGGACAUCCGGUUCCCCAUGAUCCUGCCGUCCGACCUCUUUGAGCUCCAGUUCAACCUGUCCCUGCUCCGCAGGCACGGGGCAUUCUUCCAGGAGAAGGUGCAGCAAGCCCUGGAGUUCCACACGGUGCCCUUGCAGCUGCUGGUCCGGCACUGGGGCCUGAACCUCACCCAGGACGCGUACCAACCGCGGCUCUACACGGCACCCACCUGGAGCGGCUCCGUCUCGGGGUCCCGCCAGGUAUCCCAGAAGGCAGAUCCAUACUCAUCCACAUACUAUUACGGCAGAAGUUAUACCCAAGCCCCCUCUGCCUACGGCUAUUACCCCUCUGUGUCCUUCUGGACACCCCAGCACCCCAGCUUCCUCUUCCAAUCCACACGCCUGUCCUGGUCACUCUUCUACCUGCCCACCGUCCAGAGCUGCUGGAAUUACGGCUUUUCGUGCUCGUCUGACGAGCUCCCAGCCCUGGGACUGACCAGUUCCAGCUACCCCAACCAGGCCAUCGGCUAUGAGAACAAAGCCCUUGUACUGUGCAGUGGCAAUAUUGUGGUGGGCGUCACCGACUUCAAGGACAAGAAGGCCCCGAUCCCCCACGCUCAGGGCAACUCCAGCAACGCCUCCUUCUUCCCCUGCCCUGUGGGUUUCUCCAGUAGCUUCCGGGCCGCCAUCCGACCGUUCUACCUGACCAACUCCUCAGACAUCUAUUAG